AUGGAGGCUCUGAGGAACGAUCUGCUCUUUUCAAAGCUACCAAACCCCUACUAUAUUAAUCCCAACGAAUCUUUGGUGAUUCCACUCAAAUUGACCCCAAAAAACUAUCACUCAUGGUGUCGCACUGUCAGAUUACCUCUUCGAAGCCGCAACAAAUUAGGUUUCAUUAAUGGAACCUUACCUCCACCAUCUCCGACAAACCCAGCAUUUGAUGCUUCAGACCAGAGCAACACCGCUAUUCUAUUCGCUUUGAUGAGCUCUCUUGAUCCAACCUUAAUCGACAAUGUCAACACUAUAGAAAUGGCUCAAGGCUUACGGGAUGACCUCAAGGAGCGGUUUGGGCAGGAUGAUUUUGUCCGCAUCACAGAGCUUCAAACCAAGUUCUAUUCUCUAAACCAAGGUUCUCUCUCGGUGAGUGAUUCCUACACCAAAUUGAAGAUGUUUUGGGAUUAUCUUUCUCAAUACGAAGUCUAUCCUGCCUAUGCUUGUAAUCCUUGUGCAACCUAUGUGAAAUUCCAACAAGUUUGUAGCAAUUCUUUUGUACUGAAGUUCAUACAAGGUUUAGGAGAAAAUUUUGAAGGUGUUAAGACAAAUUUGUUGAUGAUGAAGCCACUCCCUGAUUCUCGAGCAGCCUUUGCUUUUGCUCUUCAACGAGAGAGGCAAAAUGCCAGUAUGGUCUCUAACUUGCUUCCUGUGGGAGGCGAUUCUUCCUUAAUGGCUCUUGCUGCUUCUUUGGGCAAAGAAAAAGAGAAUUUCAAACAAGAGGGUCACCUAAAGUAUGAUUGUCCCAAACUGAAGAACAAACGGCGGGCAGAACAUGUUGGUGGUUCUGUUCCUGCAAGCUACCCUCAAUAUGCAAUUGGUCGUGGUUCUGUACCUGGAAGUUGCUCUUCAUACGCUGCUGCUACUUCAGGUGGACAGAGUUUCGAUACUCACAACUCAACUAGUGUUUUACCGGCUUUCCCACCGCAAGUUUCAGCAGAAAAUUAG